AUGGAGUGGACCAAGCAGCAAUACAACAAGCAGUACGACGCGUGGGUGCCCUGGCUCGAGGACCAAUACCUCAAGUACUUCACCAAAGACAACAAGGCGAGCUACACGGCCAAAGACAACCUCGCCAAAACCAAACUCGCCAGCAGCAACGAGAACCUCAACACAGCGCAAGACGCGGUGCACGGCACCGCAGCAGACCAGCUCGGGCAGGAGGGCCUGGCGCGCCCCGUCGGAGACGCCGUGUCCAAGGAGGGGAUUAACCGCGCCGAGCGCGGGGGGCGCGACGAGCAGGGUGAUGUGGCGCCGGGAGCUGUGGGGGAGGCGGCGCAGGGGGGGAAGAAGGCUGCGGGGUGGGUUGGGGGGCUGUGGGGCGGUGGUGGUGGGGAGAAGAAGGAGGGCGGGAAGUGA